ACAACCAUUUCUCCUAUAAAUUAUACCCCCUAUACCACUACUCUUUCACUCUCAUUUCUCUCUCUCUCUCUCUCUCUAUUAUAUACACAGAAAACCAUAUCUAUAACUCGCUAGCUAGCUAUUCCAAAUAAUAAUUAAUGGAUGAACUGCAGAAAUGCGAGGCAAAUUACGUGCCUCUGAGCCCUAUAACAUUCUUGAAAAGAGCGGCUACCUGCUAUGCCAACCGUACCUCUUUGAUCUAUGAAGGCACUCGCUUUACAUGGAGCCAAACCUAUGAGCGUUGCUGCCGCCUGGCUUCCUCACUCCGUUCCCUUAACAUAGUCAAGAACAAUGUCGUUUCAGUUUUGGCCCCGAAUAUUCCGGCCAUGUACGAGAUGCACUUUGCAGUGGCCAUGGCGGGAGCUGUUCUCAACACAAUCAACACCCGCUUGGAUGCCAAGAACAUCGCCACAAUUCUUAAGCAUUCCGAUGCGAAGGUGUUCUUUGUUGAUUACCAGUUCGUCCAGGCUGCACGUGAGGCUCUCCGGGCUAUGAUGGACGCUGAUGAGCCAUCUAACAUGCCCUUGGUCAUCGUGAUCGACGACAUCGAUGUGCCGACGGGAACCCGGCUUGGUGAGCUCGAGUACGAGGAGUUAGUCCACAAGGGGAACCCUGAGUUCGUUCCCGUUGAGGUGAACGACGAAUGGGACGCGAUCGCGCUCAAUUACACCUCUGGAACGACAUCUUCCCCCAAAGGGGUCGUAUACAGUCACAGAGGGGCGUACUUGAGCACUCUAAGCUUGGUACUCGGCUGGGAAAUGGGGACCUACCCAGUCUACCUCUGGACCCUACCCAUGUUCCACUGCAACGGAUGGACUUUCACCUGGGGCGUGGCAGCGCGUGGCGGAACCAAUGUUUGCCUCCGUAACACAACUGCAUAUGACAUGUACCGAAACAUCUCCCUCCAUAACGUCACGCACAUGUGUUGUGCACCGAUAAUCUUCAACAUUCUUCUUGAGGCCAAGCCUACAGAACGCCGGAAUAUAUCUUCUCCAGUGGAGAUCCUCACUGGUGGUGCUCCGCCUCCAGCACCACUGUUGGAGAAGAUUGAGUCACUUGGGUUCCACGUGACUCACGCUUAUGGCCUCACGGAGGCGACUGGGCCGGCUCUAGUGUGUGAGUGGCAGGCCCAAUGGAAUAACCUCCCAAGAGAGGACCAGGCUCGAAUCAAGGCCCGUCAAGGAAUCGGGAUUUUGGGCCUGGCCGAUGUGGACGUAAAGGAUCUAAGCACCAUGGAGAGCGUGCCACGUGACGGGAAAUCGAUGGGGGAAAUCGUGCUAAGAGGAAGUAGUAUCAUGAAGGGGUAUUUCAAGGAUCCCAAAACGACGUCGCAAGUGUUUAAAAAUGGGUGGUUUUUGACGGGAGACGUCGGAGUUAUCCACCCAGAUGGGUACCUAGAAAUAAAGGACCGGUCAAAGGACGUCAUCAUAUCAGGAGGUGAGAACAUUAGCAGCGUGGAGGUAGAGAGCGUGCUCUACCGGCACCCUAAGAUUUUGGAGGCGGCAGUGGUGGCGAUGCCGCACCCUAGGUGGGGUGAGAGUCCCUGCGCUUUUGUAGCACUGAAGAGCGGCGGUAGUGGUGGUGGGGAGGUGAUCGAGACCGACAUCUUGAGCUAUUGUCGGAAGAAUAUGUCGCACUAUAUGGUUCCGAAGAAGGUGGUGUUUGUGGCAGAGCUACCUAAGACUUCAACUGGGAAGAUUCAGAAGUUUGAAUUGAGGGCUAUGGCCAAGACAUUUACUGUCAUGGAAAAAGAUACUUCUCCUAAUUACGACUCUAGCCAGAUCAUUGGUUCUUCCAAUACAGGGGUUCCGGGGUACAACAUGCAAGUCAUGGCCUUGUCCCGUCUAUGAUAUUUCUUUUUCUGCUUUUUUCCUGGUUAAUGAAAAAAAGUUAUAUUUAUCUCUUUUGCUGACGCCAUAUAUGUGAAAUUAUAGUGCUAUGCGUACUGUCACACCUAUAUAGAAUAACAGUUAUCCCUAGUGAAAAAUAAUUUCUGCAUA